GGAUAUGUCCAGCCUUUACCAAUAUCAAUAAAGAUUGCUGUUGGAUUACAGAAGGACAAAAAAUGACGAAGACUCGAUUUCCUCGCUUGCUGAACGUCUCUGAACGUGAACGAUUAGAGCCUUUUAUUGAUCAAAUUCACUAUUCUCCGAGAUAUGCUGAUGAUGAAUACGAAUACCGACAUGUUAUGUUGCCCAAGGCUAUGCUGAAGGUGAUUCCGACAGACUACUUCAAUCCUGAAACUGGUACCUUACGUAUCCUUCAUGAGGAAGAAUGGAGAGGCCUGGGUAUUACCCAGAGUCUUGGCUGGGAAAUGUAUGAAGUUCAUGUCCCAGAGCCUCACAUUCUUCUAUUCAAACGUGAAAAAGAUUUCCAGUUGAAAUGUAGUCAACAACGAUAAAAAAAAUUCGAUAAUAUGUUCUUUAUUUCUUAUCACGUGUAUUUUACGAGGCUUCGGGAGCUAACUUGCUUUCAUAUGCCUUGGAAACGUAGUACCAUCGCGUUUCAACAAGCUUUCUUAUGAAGAUGAUAAUUCCUUUGUGGCUUAGUGCUGUUAGUUGAUAUCCUGUCUGUUUUAUUCUUUCAUUUAUUCCUUUUUUCCAUGUUCUCUGGUGUCAAAUGGUACGGGUUUUGUAUCCUAUGUUCUUUCUUUGUUAUUUUUUCCCUUACUAUUGUCCUAAAAAGCUACAUCUGGGUUUUUGUCAUCUUUCAUCAAAAACACAACAACUCUAGACUUUUCCUUAUAUUCCUGCGUUUGUUCUUUUCUUUUUCUUUCACUGUCUCAUAGGUUUAACCGUAGAUAUUCUAAUAGACUCCCUCAUAUAAUAACUGAUGAAAACCCUUUUCGGCUUUUCAGAGAAAUAUAUUAUGUCGGUUUAUCCAGAAUAUUUUUAUCUUCAAUUUAGUCGCUAAAAAACAUAAAUUCAAUAUUUUAUCUAGGUGUAAUAAUUCUCUUUACAUAUGCUGAGGUUUGUAAAGAAUGACAGCAAGUUUUACUUAAC